ACAGAUCAAUUACAAAAGGACCCUUUUAGUUAUUUCACCUUCCUUUGGCUCCUUUAUACAUUGAAAAAUCUAGGGUUUUGUUUUGCUUCAGAGCUUCUGCCCACAAUGGAUAUGGAUGCCUUUAGUGGUUGGGAGAGAUCAUCUAGAUAUGAAGAUGAAACCAUAAUGCCACCUGGGUUUAGGUUUCAUCCUACUGAUGAAGAGCUCAUCACUUACUAUCUCCUCAAGAAAGUCCUUGACUCUAAUUUCUCUUGUGCUGCUAUUUCCCAAGUUGAUCUCAACAAGUCUGAGCCUUGGGAGCUUCCUGAGAAAGCGAAAAUGGGGGAGAAAGAGUGGUACUUCUUCACACUAAGAGACCGGAAGUACCCAACAGGACUGAGAACGAACAGAGCUACAGAAGCUGGCUACUGGAAAGCAACUGGUAAAGACAGAGAGAUCAAAAGCUCAAAGACAAAGUCGCUUCUUGGGAUGAAGAAAACGCUUGUGUUUUACAAAGGCAGAGCUCCUAAAGGUGAAAAAAGCUGUUGGGUCAUGCAUGAGUAUCGUCUCGACGGCAAAUUCUCUUACCGUUACAUUACUUCCUCCACUAAGGAUGAAUGGGUUCUCUCUAAAGUUUGUCUGAAAAGCAGCGUUGUCAGUAGAGAGACGAAGUUGGUCUCUUCUUCUUCUUCUCCCGUUUCCGUCGCCGGAGAAGUCUCCUCCGGUGUAAAUGUCUCAUCUUCUGUGAUUGCUCCGAUCAUUGACGCCUUUGCGACGGAGCACGUGUCCUGUUUCUCCAAUACCUCUGCUACAGCUCAUCAUGCCGAUGCGAGUUUUCCGACGUACCUUCCCGCUCCACCGCCGUUACUGCCACGUCAGCCUCGACGGAUAGGUGGUGAUGAUGACGUGGCGUUUGGUCAGUUCAUGGAUCUGGGAUCUUCAGGGCAGUUUAACUUCGACGACGACGCAGGGUUCUUCUCACCGAAUCUGCCUUCUCUGCCUCCGACGGUUCUUCUUCCUCCAUUGUACGGUGGUGGCUCGGCCCUGAGUUUCUGGCCGUUUGCUAUGUGACGUAUCGUUAUGCUGGUUGGUUGGUUGUAUUAGUCUCGAACCAUUUCCUUUGUUGUAUUGUGUUGCUGUUUCAUUAGUACGUGUUUGUAAUGUCUUUACGCGAGUUGUGUAACAUGACUUCUUCCUAGUACUACUCUCGGACCAUUUGCUUGUCGCGAUUAUGUUUUGUAAUAAUGUCUUUCGCAUGGCUUCUAUUUUAA